GCUAUAAUUUUGACCAGCUGUCUACACUCAAAAUGUUUUGGAAAUAUUCGUUAUCAGAAUAUCUGCAUACACAAACUGGUUAAAGAUCAAGCAUGUCUGGAGAAAAUCGUAUAAAGCUGAAUAGCUGUUGCUUCGCUCGCCUUAGUCGAUCUAGAGCAGCUAAGAAAGUGAUUAACGCUCUAACAAGCUGCUGAAGUGAGUCUCUUCAAUCAACUUAAAAGGAUUAAAUCUAAUUACAGCUGAAUCAGAAGAAAAUAGGAAAUCUGCUUCAGAUAUUUUUUCAAUACUUUUGAAAUGUCAUUUAAGACAGUCUUGAUGUUUCUUUCUUUCACGCUGGUAGCCGGCAGCAUCUUCAAACACGAUGAUCUCCUCAUUGCCGUUGGCGAUCAGCUUGAAAUCCUCGCCAAUGGAAGUGAGUCCCGAACGCUGACGUUGGAUUCCUACAAUGCGUCCAAGUUGUCCGCUCUCUCCUACGAUGCCACAACAAAGAAACUUUUCUUCUCCGACAGGCGUCAUCGUCAUGGCCACAUUUUCAGCGUCAAACUCGACAACGAAUUUCGUCAGAAUCCUGUUGAAGAUAUCGUUGAAAAGAACAAUAACGAAACUGUCGAGGGCUUGGCGUACGAUCCUGUGGAUAAAAUGCUGCUUUGGACAGACGGGUUUAAUCGAUCCAUCCGUCGAGUUCAAAUCGAUCACGACGGCAUUCACGUAGAAGAGAAUGCAGCUGUUGAAGUUGUCCACUUUUUAAACAGUGAAGAGAAACCACGUGGCUUGGUGGUCGAUCCUUGUACGAGGAAAAUGUAUUGGACAAAUAGAAACAUGUCUCGUCCAACUAUUGAGCGUUCGCAUUUAGAUGGCAGUUUGCGUGAAAUCCUUAUCGAAGACGAUCUGUUGUUACCGAACGCACUCGAUCUGGACGUGACCGAGCAAAUUCUCUACUGGGCUGACAACCACCGCAACGGCUAUUUUCGUAUUGAAAGGAGCUUCGUGAACGGAACUGCAAGACAAGAAGUUUAUAGGGGCAUCGGUCAGUUCAUCGUCAGUCUCACGGUGGGAUCUGAUUACGUUUACUGGAGCGACUAUGAUCACAAGAAUGUUUGGUCUCUACCAAAGGAUGGCUCUUCGAAAAAUCCUAUAAUCCUUCGGAAAUUCACUCAACCAGCCAUGGGUUUAGUAGUGUUCCGCCACGAGCCUCUGAACUGCAGCAGCAAAUUUUUGUCUGCUGAAGUUGAUCAAUCAAUCGAUCAAUCUGAUUUAUCGAUACAUGAGCAGUCACCAUUUCAGCCAGAGUACGAUGUUGCCGAUUUGUGUUUAGGGUUUUGCUAUAACAACGGGGAAUGUGUUCACGUGAACUCUGAUCUGCGAUGCAGUUGCCCAGUCGGAUUCAGCGGAGAAAGAUGUGAAUUGGUCAGUGAAAAGUCCGUUGCAUGGCGGGAAUGUGACACUAUUGUCGAUGAGUACAGCAGAGCCGAAAUAACAUCACUGAUAUGUUUGACCGCAAUCUGCAUUAUUCUGUUGGUAAUCGUCGUCAUCCUCAGCGUUCAGUUGAUGAAAUUAACGAAUGGCAAGCAACUCCGAGUGUUCAAAAGGAGAGUUUUGAAACAUCGUCCUGAUAAAACUGAAAACAGUAUGUUAGUUGAAGAUUUGGAGAACUGCUGCAACUCGUUUUCAUUGUGUGAAAGGUCGUGCCCACAGCAACAGGAUUUAAACUCUGCUGCUAAGGAGAACAGUUGGAAAGAUGGUAGCCGUGAUUGUGCUACCUUGCUCAAAUGUGAAUAUUGAUGCUGCUCAAGAGCUAGGUUGCUCAACAAGUAAAUGCAUUUUUCGUGACAUUAAUAGCCUUGUUAGGGUCUUAAUCAUUGUAAACUAUGAACAUUCAUUAUCUUUCCUACUGUAUGUGUUAAAAUCGCACGUGGGAGUUGCUUACCGUUUUUAAUAAUCGUUUUCGCUUAUCGUUCGUGGUUGUAUUUUAAAAAUACAAAAUCAGCUGACCUGUUACAA